GUCCCAAUCUUCCUGUCACCAGACACACAGCAGCAGGAGGUGGGAUUUACAGUUUGAUUUCCAGAUUUGAGUUCAGUGGGAGUGUCGGCCCUGCAUUAUAAAGAGCAGUACAUUCAGAAGCUACAUCCAGGAAGCUGUUGAAUCACUUCAUUUGCAAGAUGUUGAGGAUAACUCUGUGCUUGUUCGUGGGGGUGUUUGUGUGGGAGUUUGCGUCCUGCUCCAUCACAUGUCCCGACGGGGAAGUCUGUUCAGAUCAUGCCACCUGCUGUAAGACUAAGCAUGGAUAUAGCUGCUGCCCAUAUCCAAAUGCUGUGUGUUGCGCUGACAUGGAGCACUGCUGCCCUUCAGGGUUCCGUUGCAACAGUGUCACUCAGAUGUGUGAUAAAGAGCCGUGGAUGAAGAUACUGAUGGUGCAGAAGGAAGCUGCGGAGAAACCAAGCAUUCCUGUUCUACCUAUAUAUCCGCUUCAGGAACUCAAAAGCAACCAUGUGGCAGACCAACAGAAAAGCUCAAUUGUCCAUUGCGACAACUAUUACGCGUGUCCCGAUCGCACCACCUGCUGCAGACACCCAACAGGUGUUUGGUUCUGUUGCCCGUAUUCUCCUGGCAGGUGCUGUCUGGAUGGCUUCCACUGUUGUCCUUAUGGCUUUGACUGUGACCUCACUUAUACACACUGUGUGAGGCAAGGCCUGAGAUAUCCUUUCAUCUCCAAGGAAAGUCUGCCUUCAGUCCCUGCUGUUCCCAUUUCAACUUUGGAGGACAAAAUCAGCUUGCAAGAGACACCAAUGACAGCUCUGACAGAAGCCAGUGGGGGCAUCGCUGAGACCAGAGUGAUUCGCUGUGAUACCGCUUUUUACUGCCCAUCAGGGACAACAUGCUGCAAAGACCUCACAGGCCAUUUGAGCUGCUGUCCCUACCCACUGGGCCAGUGUUGUAAAGAUGGUAAGCACUGCUGUGAGUAUGGAUAUAACUGCGACCCCACCUCGAUGUCCUGCAGACGCGGGUACUCUCAGAUCCCCUCAGGAGCACAGGAACGUGCCAAAACCGACUGAGGAUAGGUUGUUGAAGUUCAUGUAUUGUGGUUCAUAUUUCAGAUCAAAUCUAACAAUGCAUCAUCAUAAGACUUAGAUGACAGUUGAACGAAUGAAUUUUAUGCCAACCUCAAACCAUUGUAUGAUCUCUUUUCUAAUGAAACAGAACAUUGAACACUUUAAGAACUCCUUUUAAAUCAAAUAAAAAAAUGGAAAUGUGA